CUUGUACGCAGGCGUAAGGGAGGAAGCAACUUCUCUUCAACAUGGCGGCGACCAUGGACAACAGCAAUGCCGUACAGGCGACAAAGAAAAAGCACCUUGGGAUCCCCGAAGCGGUGUUUGUGGAGGACGUCGACUCGUUCAUGAAGCAGCCCGGCAAUGAGACGGCAGACUCGGCGCUCAGGAGGCUCGACGAACAGUACCAGAAAUAUAAAUACAUGGAGCUCAACCUGUCUCAGAAGAAACUCCGGUUGAAAAACCAGAUCCCACAGAUCACCCAGACGCUAGAAAUCCUCCGACACAUGCAGAAGAAAAAGGAAACCACAGAGCCAAUGGAAACGCACUUCCUGCUGGCCGACAACGUUUACUGCAAGGCCUCCGUGCCGCCCACUGACAAAGUUUGCCUAUGGUUAGGGGCCAACGUCAUGUUAGAAUACGACAUCGACGAAGCCCAGGCUCUCCUAGAGAAGAACCUGUCCACAGCGUCUCGCAACCUGGAGACGCUGGAGGAAGACCUGGACUACCUGAGAGACCAGGGGACCACCACCGAAGUCAACAUGGCGCGAGUCUACAACUGGGACGUAAAGAGGAGGAGCAAAGAAAACCUCCUGAAAUCAGCAGCCAAGUCUUAAUUAAACAGAACAGUGUCUAUGUUCCCCCUCUGCUAACUUCCUCCUUAGUCAUUAAAAGAAAAAUAAACCCCGAUCUGAAGUCAUGCA